GGGCGCUUGUGUUGGUCGCAUUAUGACAAUGACAGCUAUUUCGUACACAAAAAUAUUCAGCUUGUUCGAUUGACAAUAAUAAGUUCGACGUUCGACGCACAUACUGCCUAAUCUGAAUUAUUUUAUCUUUUCAAACGUGAAUUAAUUCAAUUUGAUUUAAAAAAAAAAAUGUCGUCACACAUGAGCACCAAAGAGCGGCUUCUGUCUCUAAUCGAUGACUUUGAAAUCAUAGCAAAGGAAUUGAUUGAGAAUUCGAAUGCGCCCAAACAUCAGAAAAUCUCACAAAAUGAUCACAGUCAAUUGGUUGACUUGCUCAUAUCGAAGGACGAUGAAUUUAAAAGCGUUUUGAAAUUGGCCGAAGAACAAGCCCAAAUCGAACAGAAGAUGGUUGCAUUGAAGGCAAAAGUUCAUUUACGUGAUCAACAAAUCAAACGGUUGCAACGUCGCCUAAAAGAUUCAGAGGAAAUUUUAUCGCGUGCACUAUUUCAAGCGCGUCAAAAACUAGCCAGCAUCAAUGUUGCCAAUAAGAAACCGGUAUCAUCCGAAGAACUCAUCAAAUAUGCAUACCGGAUAAGUGCAUCUAAUGCGAUCAGCGCACCAUUGACAUGGCAACAGGGUGAUUUGAGACGACCGUAUCCAACCGACAUUGAAAUGCGAUUAGGUUUCUUAGGCAAAUCAGACUUAUCGAAUGUAAAUGGUCAUAGUUCGCAGAAUCAAAGUGCAACCACAAGCGAUUUUCCAAAACCAUCGAUUGGAGACGUUCCGUUGGCGUCACAGAAUCAAUUUGCAUGGAUGCAAUCGGGUGAACUACACAUGACCAUGGGUAAAAGUUCAAAUGCAACGAGCGUUCCACUUGAUACAAGAAAUCAUAAGGAUGCAAAUCAAGAUGAGGUUGAGGUUAUGUCAACGGACAGUUCAAGUACCAGCUCCAGUGAUUCUCAAUAGAAUACCAAUUCUCUCUUAAAAAAAUCAAAAAAUCAAAAUCAUUUAUCCAACAUUAGAUUUAGAGUCUCCCAUUAAUAUUAGUCCAUCUAAUUCAUGAAUUAUUUUUUUUAUUUGUACGGUUAUAAGAGUUCAUAGCUAAAUAAUUCACAAAAUUAAGCAUAAUACCAUUUCCAUUUAUUUAGAUGUAUGAUAAUGACGAAUAUUUCUGAAAUAAAAAUAUCAAAUGAAA